CAGCCUUAGUCACUUUAGCCUGAUUCUUUGUCUCUAGUAGAAAUUCACUAUCUAAUCCUGCCUAGGGUGGCCACCUGCUGCCCUAUGCUGGUAGUGCCCCCUAUUCUUCAAGCAGCAGGACACCGAGUUUUAUAGAAUCUCAGGAUAUUUAGAAGCGGCAAGGAUUCCAGAAGCCAAAUUUUUUUAAUUUAAAAAAAUGUUUUAUUGAUGCCUCCUGUCUUCACAUCACAGUCAUUUCUGGGGGUGCUCCAUGGGGGAAGGAGAUCUGAGGUCAGGGGAACCUUUAUCUUCUUUCCCGUGUUAAGAGCAGUUCCAUCUGCCCGUCUUUUUCACCUUGUCCCUCCCUAGCUUUGCCCACCCUCUGUCAUCCUCACCCCCUCAAUCCCUGGCUAACCCAGGCUUGAUCCAGCUCAGGCUGGGAGGGAUUCUCGGGGUCAUUUCCCCUAAGCCUCGUCCAUCUGCUAUGACUGCUCUGUGUUGCUGGUUAUUAGAAGUCCGAGGUGUCAGAGUUUGAGAGGUGAGUUUACUGAGGGAGUGGGGUCCCUGGGAGCUCCUCAGGCUCCCCAGCCAGCUUUCCUUUGGGGGACCUAGAAGGGGUUCUGUCAUAAUGUUCCUCAGCCUCCACCCUGGGCGUGUGUGAUUGGCGAUGGGGGCGGAGGGUGAAAUAACACCUCUUGCCUGUGCCCACUCACACCUGGCACCCAACUGGGAGAGGGCGUAGGAGGGAUGCCUUCUGCAGCCAGAACCACCCUUCCCUCUCCGAGCACACACACACUCACUCAGCAUCUGUUUGUGUUUCAGAGGGCUCCCUGGUGGUGAGGAUGGGGCAAUGACGGGCGGCGGACCCCACAACUAAGCCACAGAAAUGGAGGAGGAAAACAGGGAGCUUUCAGAAGACUCUGUGCAACAGCUUGAGGACCCCCCUCCGACUGAAAGGCCUUCCCCCAGCAGGGAGCUGGGGCCUCUCUACUGGGCCUGUGUCUACAAUGACCCAACUAAACUCCAAGCCGCCCUGGACCGGGGCGUCAGCCCUGAAGAGGCCACCCAGGUGGACAGGAACGGGAGGACAGGCCUCAUGGUCGCCUGCUACAAGGGCUUUGACAGGAUCGUGGUCCUGCUCAGCCACUGCCCCUUCCUCGAUGUCAAUCAGCAGGACAAAGAAGGAAACACAGCCCUCAUGCUGGCGGCCCAGGCAGGACACAUCACCCUGGUGAAUUACCUGCUGAACUAUUACCCUGGCCUGGAUCUGGAUCGGAGAGAUGGCCGAGGCCUGACCGCGCUGAUGAAGGCUUCGGUCCGGGGCUGCUCGGACUGUGUGACUGCUCUCCUCAUGUCAGGUGCUGACCUGACAGCUGUGGACCCAGCUCGGGGCAAGACAGCUUUGGAAUGGGCAGCCUUGACGGACAGCUUUGAGACGGUGGUGAGGAUCCGUCAGCUGAUCCGGCAUCCGCGGGUUGAGCAGCUGAGUCCGCACUACGCGCUUGAGUGGCCGGCCCUGGCUGGGCUUGUGGCGCAGGCCCAGAGCAAUCCCACUCCAUCCUUUUUGGAGAGACUCCAGAGUGCCUUCAGCUUUUCCUUCCCCCAGUCUCCCCAGGAGGGUGGUGUCCUGGACCACCUGGUGAGAGUGACCACCAGUCUAGCCAGCCCCUUCAUCAUCACUGCCUGCCACACUUUGUGCCCGGAUCUCCCACCUGAAUUGGGCAUGCUUCGUCCUUCUGUGCCGGAGCUUCAAGGCACAGUACCUCUUCAACCCCAAACGCCGAGCGUCUCCCCGCCUCCCUCCAGCCCGCGGCUCCUGGUUCCAUCUCAGAGGCCAUCGGGCGCAUUCAGCCUGUGCCCAAGUUGGCUGCUGGCCAGGGAAAGUAGUCCCUCUAAUACACAGAUCCCCAAAAUUCGCUUCACCAAGGUCAAAUCUCAAUUCCAUCAGCAGAGGCAGAAUUCAAUCCCCAAAGGGCAUCAAGGACUGGUGCCCCCCUCUUGGCACUACCAGAAACUCAGGGAGGAGAGGAAAUUGGCAGAAGAGAGAGACUAGAAUGGGCCACCGGCGGGGAAGACGGGCUAGGGAGGACCUAAGUAUUAGGUAGGACUCUGAGGGAAUGGGAAUAAAGGCCACAGUCCAUCUUCUCUCCCUAUUCUGUAUGUUUUCUCUUGUCUCCAACUCUGCCCUUAGGAAAAGGUCCCUUACCCACAGACUGGAAUGUCAAUAGCUUUAAAGGCUAAAGUUCUCCUUCUGACUGGGUUUUCACUUUUUGCCAAGGAUUUGAUACUAGUGGCAGGAUUUUGAAGCUUCUGGAAAGUGCGUGUGUGUACAUGCACAUAGAAUAUGGACCAAAACAAGUAUUAACUUUUUUUUUAAUGGAUGUGCUGGUUUUUAAAAUAAUAAUGUUUUUAUUUUCAAAAUAUAUGUAAAGAUAGUUUCCAACAUUGCCCUUUGCUUGCAAAACCUUAUAUUCUACAUUUUUCUCCCUCUCUUUCUCCCCCUCCCUCCCCUAUUCAGCAAAUAAUCCAAUAUAGGUUAAAUAUGUGCAAUUCUUCUAUACAUACUUAUCUAUACAUAUUUAUAUACAAUUAUCAUGCUGCACAACAAAAAUUAGAUCAAAAAGGAAAAAAAUGAGAAAGAAAAAAAAGCAAGCAAACAACAACAAAAAAGGUGAAAAUACUGUGUCAUGCUCCACAUUCAGUUAGUCCUCCCUCUGUGUGCAGAUAGCUCUCUCUGUCACAGGUCUAUUGGAAUUGGCCUGAAUUACUUUGCUGUUGAAAAGAGCCACAUCCAUUAAAAUUGAU